CAUAUACAUUAUAGCAGAAGAAUUAAGAAAUAGGAAAUUAAAUCCUAACCUCAAAUAAAAAUGAAACAGUAAAUAGUUUUAUUUUCCAGUAUAUUAUAAAUCUAAGGAUUAAAAUGACCUUAUUUAUUAAGCAUUAUAAGCCUGGCGCUGUAUUUAAUACACAGCUACUAUGGCGUUUAAAUUCAACGGUAGCGGAAAAUCUAAAUAAAGGCGAAGAUGAUGAAGAAUUCAGAGUUUUGGAUAUUUUAAAGAAAAAAGAUAAACAACAGAGGCGAGUAGCGCGAAGAUCUGAUGUGAUGCCCGACAGGUCUGAGAAAAUGCCCACAGAUCAGAAUUGGGGCAACGUCUGGCCAGGGCCGCGUUCCUUCCACCCAUCGUCAGUGCCUCUACCGAUUCGGCAAGGUUACGUCCCCAAGGGCCAAGUCCCACCAGGCAAGAAGGCAAACGCGGAGUUGAUGAAAAUACCAAACUUUCUGCACCUCACGCCACCAGUGAUUAAAUCCCAGUGUGAAGCGAUCAAGAAAUAUUGCACGGAAUGGCCGAAAUUGCUCAACUCGGAAGAAACAAUCGAAAAACACUAUCCAAUAGAAGUCAUAACUUCCGAUUACUGCCACGCGAGUCCAACUAUUCGCAAUCCGUUAGCAAGAAUUGUGACGCUACGAAUAAAAUUGUCAAAUUUAAACCUUGAUAAGCAUGCAAGGGACAAGUUUUUGAGAUUAGUCGGCGAUAGAUAUGAUCCGGCUACUGAUUUAGUUACAAUCACAGCGGACCGAUGUCCAAUGAGGAAACAAAAUUUGGAUUAUGUAAAUUACUUGCUCACAGCGGUGUACCAUGAGUCCUGGUCAUACGAAGAAUGGGAGAAGGAAAAAACAGAAGAUGAUAUGGAGUAUUAUGUAUGGGAUAAUAAUGUAUCGAAGAGGAAUUUAGUUGAUUGGUAUUUAAGAGUUAAUAAUGAUGUAAAAACACUCUCCGAUGAAGAAUAUAAAAGCUAUGAUGUUUCAACGAUACCCAAUGCAGAGGAAUAUAAAACAGCAGUUUCAGAUUUAUACAAUGAAGGUGAAAAUGAUGUAACGUUAGGGAAUUAUGAUGUGGCUGUUAGAAAACUGUUAGGGUUGCCAGAGAAGAAAGUUGUUAAUUAAAUUGUAUUAAUAAAUAGUUGUAAUAGCA